CCCGCACACCUCCCGCAUCCCGCUCGCCCCGCGCGGUGGCGGCUGGCCGGGUGGUUCGCCCGCUCCCGGGCUUCGCUGGGGCUGCACCGGCCGAUUCAGCCUCUCCCCCAACCCCCCCCGGGCAGGGCAGGGCAGGGCAGGACCGGGGCAGGCUUCCCCGGUCACCCCCCGGCAGAGCCUGAUGUCCGCCGCGCCCGUCCGAUCCCCGACGCUGCGGCCGCACAGGAUGAAGAAAGACGAAUCGUUCCUGGGCAAGCUAGGCGGGACCCUGGCGAGGAAGAAGAAAGCCAAGGAGGUGAGUGACCUCCAAGAAGAAGGUAAAAAUGCUAUCAAUGCACCAAUGAACCCAAGCACCAUGGACAUCCAUCCGGAAGACACACUAUUAGAGGAGAACGAGGAACGCACUAUGAUUGAUCCUAACUCAAAAGAAGACCCCAAGUUCAAAGAACUGAUCAAGGUUCUAAUUGACUGGAUCAAUGAUGUGCUGGUGGAGGAGAGAAUCAUUGUCAAACAGCUUGAAGAGGAUCUUUAUGAUGGGCAGGUGCUGCAAAAGCUGCUGGAAAAAUUGGCUGACCGUAAACUGAAUGUGGCAGAAGUGACACAAUCUGAGAUUGGCCAGAAGCAAAAGUUGCAGACAGUCCUAGAAGCUGUCCAUGAUUUGCUCCGACCCCAUGGCUGGACAAUCAAGUGGAACGUUGACUCAAUCCAUGGCAAGAAUCUGAUUUCCAUCCUUCACCUUCUGGUAGCUUUGGCAAUGCAUUUCCGGGCUCCCAUUCGACUGCCUGAACACGUGGCUGUACAAGUGGUAGUUGUACGGAAACGUGAAGGCCUCCUUCAGACCACUCAUGUUACAGAGGAGCUGACGACUACGACAGAGAUGAUGAUGGGAAGAUUUGAGCGUGACGCCUUUGACACACUGUUUGAUCAUGCACCAGACAAGCUCAGCGUAGUCAAAAAGUCUCUGAUCACCUUUGUGAACAAACACUUGAAUAAACUGAAUUUGGAAGUAACAGAGUUAGAAACCCAGUUUGCAGAUGGUGUUUACUUGGUUUUGCUCAUGGGUCUCCUUGAAGACUAUUUUGUUCCACUUCACAACUUCUACUUAACACCUGAAAGUUUUGAUCAAAAGGUCCAUAAUGUUGCCUUUGCUUUUGAGCUGAUGCAAGAUGGAGGACUGAAGAAACCAAAAGCUCGCCCUGAGGAUGUUGUCAACUUGGAUCUGAAGUCUACCCUCAGGGUUCUAUACAACCUGUUCACAAAGUACAAGAACAUUGAAUGAUCCUGGAAGCUGCUGAGGUCUUCAUCCCUCCAGCCUCCUUAGGCAGAUAUUACAAUAAACACACCCUCUGCACGCUCCCGUUGUGCCUUAUGCUGUACUUCAUGCAUCCUUUUUACAGUUGCUGUGUCUUUCUGUAGCUGUUUGUAUGACAAUCCCACUAAAAAUAAUGCACGUGUAUUCUCUAGGUCACUUGAAAAUGUGUAGAUAUUUCACACCUUCACCGGAAGAAACUGUUGAGUCUGAUGUUUGUUAUGGUCAACAAAUAUUCUUUUGAUAAAGGAGAUAUACCACUAACUACUUUAGUAAGCAGGGAAAAUGUGAUGUUCCUCAUGGCUGGAGACUAUUUGAUUCUUCAAUAGGCUUUCUUUUGCAUACUCCUUGGUUGCAACUGGCAUUUGAUGAUUUUCCAGGCUUAAAUGUUAGCAAUAGAAAAUCAGCAUUGGAAUUUAUUUAGAAGCUGAGCCUUUUCUGUUAAAUAAGGUUUUGUAUGUUCUGUUGAGUGGGUGGGACUGAGGGGAAUUACAGGCUCUAUCUGAAGCUAAAGGCAAAAGCUUCAGAUCUUAUGUUAACCUCAUGCUACUCAGUGUUACUUCCAUUCAGUGUUUACACAGACUAAGUCUCACAAUGGCAUGACCAGCUAGUCUUUUGAUAUCUGUUUUUUAUUUCAUCUCCUUUCUAGGAUAAAUUUGAUUGCUAGAGCCACUGUCAUCCAUUAAGCAUGCAGCUUCAACCAGGUCAGUCAGGAGCUGGUCAAAGAGGUACAAGCUGGCUUACUGCAUUUUGCUCCCAGUCCUUUCUGUAACAUACACAGGGAAUGAUCAGCUUGAGAGUUUAAAGGCUGACUCUUCAUUUCACGUAGCUAAGUUAAAGGGUCAGGUUCAUUCCUGUUAAGAGUUACUUGCAGUUGUACAGUUCUGGGGAUCAGGCUUUUGUAAAGAAUUUUUAAUGUAGAUUCAUUCCUAAAGAGUAAAACUGAAUUCCUGUGUAAAUAAGAGCUUGCCUGUACUUAUGGCUUGCACUGGGCUAUGCAUAUAUAUAUGUGUGGUAUACAUAGUGCAAGCCAAAGGUUAGCACUCAAGUGUGAAGCUUUUCAGUGAUCAGUGAUGCUUCGAACUCAUUUCAGCAAGUUGCCCUUUGCCAUCCCAAGAAAUACUCUGCUGGGCACUGGCCUAUUCCUGUAAUCUUUUAAGCUGUUAUGGAUUUUAGUGUGAAUCUGUUUUUUUAAAAGGAUUGCUAGAUUUAUUCAGUAAACUCCAGGUAUCCCAUCAUUCUUAACAGGUUUCAUCUGUAGAGAGUUGUUGGCUGGUGAUUUGCUAGGUGCAGCAGUGUGUACAAGGAGGCUGUGCUGGAACAUGAGCCUCUGAGUAGACUUUUGAGGAGAGCUCUGCAAAGGAAAUGGAAUUAUAACUUCCAGAGUAAAUGAUUAGUGGAAUAUGUAUAUAGUAGCAGUCCUUUGCUUGGAGCGUAUAGGGGAGAGAUUUGACUAGUGCUUUUAUGUAUCAGAGCAGCAAUUCUUUUAUGGGCAGCUGUGAUUUUUUGUGAAACAUCAGGCAGAGUGCCCCAAAGAGGAGGCAGGUAGUAAUGCUCUGCUCCAUGGGCUUACUUGAGUCCUGUUGUAAGUAGACAUCUUCUUUCCCUAAAAAUGGAUUUCUUACACCAAACAGUUACCCUUCUGAGUUCAAAAGGAAACAUGCUGUUUGAGUGGCAUAAUUUUACAAUUGGGAUUUUCUCCUUCCAUCCUCAAACAUUUUUGAAUCUUAAAGAGGAGAAAGGAGCUUCUGUUUCUUUGUUUCAUAUUUUUGGGUUGUGAGUUCUUGUAUUUGAAUUAAUUGGGUCACCUCCUCUCACACCUCCAAAACAAAGAUGGAAGGAAGUUGCCCUUUCUUUCCAUGAAAAAUUCUUAUCUCCUCUGCUCUGUAAGUUUCUGUGGGGAAUCAUUGCUUGCCUGUACUUUAGGAGGUAGCUGGCCUCUCAAUAUUUAGGCAGAGCCUACAGCAAUUGGACUUGAAUUGCAAACAGUUCUACUUGAUUUUAGCAUGACUAGCAAUUUUUACAGAGGAGGUACUAAGACCAGGUGGUUCAGUGCUCCUGGCAAGUUAAUGAAAUUGGUCUAUCUUUUUGUGCUGUGAAAUAAGGGUAUUGUGAGGCUGGAAGGUGACUGAACUGAAAGGUCUCUCAAACUUUCAUUUUAAUGCAGUGCUGUUUGUGGGAACCAAGUCUGUUAAAGAGCUGUCAUUCCAGCCACCUCCCUUCAGGUGAUGCGGAAGUGCUAACGCUGUUUAUAUUCUUUGAGUUGCUGGGAAAGGCCUCCAGAGAAUCUAGUUUUUUAAAUUGCAAGCAAUAUUAGUAUCAAAAGCUAACAGAAAAUAGAGAGAGGAGGCUGGUAAGAGCAGUUUGGCUUUGGAAGAGGGAAUGGCUGUUUCUGAGAUGGAAUUAUACGGGUGGCAUCUUCAUUGCAUGUGAGCAGAUGUGAACAUACCACCAAGUUUUAAAGAGUCUCUUUAAUUGAAUUAUGUGUUUCUGGUCACUCUGAGUCUCUCCUCUACAACCUGAGGCAUCUCUUUCAGCAUUCCUCACAUUAGUAUCUCUGUCAGUCAAGACUGCAGGCUUGAUGCCCUGAACAAGUUGGGGGCAGGUGACAUACCCUGUUUUGUUAUGUUUUUAAGUCUGUUGUUAAAUGUUGCACAGGGAAAAUACAUUUUGCGUUCCUUGGCUACUUGUUGCCUAGCCAGCUCUCUCUUCAUAUAGAUGCUGUAUUUAUUGUUAACCAGAUUUGGAACAGGGUGGAUUUAACUGAGCUGGAGCUUCAUCCCAAUCAGUCCAGUUUCCAGGCAGAGCAAUGUAGGUAAAGCUUCUUUAAACACCUGCUUUUGUCAUGCAUUUCUGUUAUAGGUGCAUGAUACUUACUUUUUUCCUCUGAAAAAGAUAAGUGAGCAUUAUAGCUGUAAUUCAUGAACUCUUUAUUCUUUGUCUUACUGAAAUUUUAGAUAGGUUCCCUGGGUGCCACUGUGGUAGAUCUAAAUGCUGUUGAGUUCAUCUGGAAUGCUGAAUUCUCUGCAGCAUUAAAGCUUCCACAUUUGUAUAAGUGCUUAAUGAAAGUCUGUCUUUUCCAGUGUGUACAAUUUGGCUUUUAGGUGCAUCUGCUUGCUGUACUCAGUUCCAGUGAGCUAUAUUACCACCGAAGAAGCCCAGAUACUCCUCCGCUGCAUCCUGUUUUUCCAGAUGAAAAAACAACAGUGGCAGAUUUAUUUUUUUUUAAUCCGUUUAAAUCUUAUAGGAUUUCUUACCCUUGUUCCUCCAGUGCUUUCAGUAUUAAUGUGUUUUUAAAGAGUAUUUUCUACUGUUUUUAACAUCAUUUACUCUGGAUUUCUAACUACUAAAAACGAGCCUUGCAGAUAAAAUUUUAAACUUGUCAUUUGCUGGAGACAUCCAGCUUUGUGACAAGAGUUGUGUACUGUAAGCAAGUUACAAUGCAAUGCUAUGUUUGCUAAAACUCACAGCAGGAGUGUUAUGCAUGGUUUAUGACAGUUGUACUAUUUAUUCAAAUAAAUAAAUAAUGAUCA